AUGUCAAAUAAUUUAUUAAUACUUUUAAUUAUAACAUUAUUUAUUAAUGAAUUAAAUGCUUUAGCAUGUCCUGUUGGUACUUAGACAGCUGCUGGAGCAUAAUAAGAUGAUGCAAUUAUAAAUUGUAAUCAUUGUAAAGCCAACUUUUACUAUAAAAGUGUUGAUGGUACUCCUUUCAAUGCAGGUGCAAGUGUAUGCACACCUUGUUCAAAAAAUAAAGCUGCUGAUGAUGUACCCCCUCCAGCUGCUGCUUUAGGGGCUGAUGCUACUAUAGUCAAUCAAUGUAAUGUUUCAUGCCCUGCUGGUACUACAAUUGCUAAUCAAUCAACUAAUUAUGUAAAUGCGGCAACUGAAUGUAUUAAAUGUGCUGCUAACUUUUAUUAUAGUGGUCCUAAUGCUUUUAUUGCAGGUACUAGCAUAUGCACACCUUGUCCAGAAAAUGGAAAAAAAGAUUUUUAGCUUGCUAUAUCUAAUAAAGGUGAUAAUGCUACUAUAAACAUAUAAUGUAACGUAUAAUGCCCUUAUGGCACUGUAAGUGCUACUGGAGAAUAUUAUUGGGUAUAAGCAAAAACAGAUUGUGUUAAUUGUGAUGUUAAUUUUUAUUUUAUUGGUGAUGCUUUCAUUGCAGGCACUAAUAAAUGCUUAGAAUGCCCAUCAAAUAAAGCUUAAGGUGUGGCCACUGCAGGUAGUAUUGCUACUAUAAUUUUACAAUGUUCUCUUGAUUGCCCUGAUGGUACUGUACUCAAUGAUGGAAAAACUACUAAAUAUGUAGCUGAUUCAAAGGAAUGUGUCAAAUGUGCUGCUAACUAUUAUAAUCAAAAAAGACUUGGUUGGCUAGCAGGUACUGAUAUAUGUAUUGCUUGUAAUAUAAAAUUAACUUCUGGUGCUACAGCUAAAUUACCUUCUGAUGCUACUUAAGCUACAUAAUAAAUAUUUAGAAUUUGA